AUGAAGAAUCUAAUCAAGGGUAGUAUAACUUCAAAUCUUCAAAAGACUUAUGAUGUUGGUUCACAAUUGGGAGCUGGCAAGUUCUCAGUUGUAAGAUCAGGAACAGAGAAGAGCACUGGAAAGCAAUGGGCAUUAAAGAUAAUGAAGAGGAAUGUAGUGGAUGAACAGACUUUGGUUAAGGAGGUCGAGAUAAUGUUGGAUGUAAAGCAUACGAAUGUGAUUGCACUUAAGGAGGUCUACGAGACUGACAGCGAUGUGAUCUUGAUCUUGGAGCUGGUCACUGGUGGCGAGUUGUUUGACAAGAUCGUCGAGCGCAAUAGUUACACAGAGGAGGAUGCCUCCAAGCUGAUCAACACGCUGGUGCGCGUCAUCCAAUAUCUUCACACAAAGGACAUUGUUCAUUGCGAUCUCAAGCCUGAGAACCUGCUCUACUCUGACAACUCUGAUGCCGCCAUCAUCAAACUGUGCGACUUUGGUCUGUCGCAGCGAUGUCCACAAGGCACUACAUUGCGCUCACUCGUCGGUACCGCCACCUACAUGGCGCCCGAGAUCAGUUCAUUCUCUGGCUAUGGAAAGCCAGCAGACAUGUGGUCAGUUGGUGUUAUAAUAUAUAUAUUGCUCUGUGGAUUCCCUCCAUUUGAUGAGACCACUGGUUGGAACUUGGAGUUCCCAUCACCAGAGUGGGACAACAUCUCUGACUCUGCCAAGGACCUGAUCAAGGCUCUGCUCACAGUUGAUCAACACAAACGUCCAACAGCAGCACAAACCCUUAAGCAUGUUUGGGUAUCAGGUAUCACUGCUGGCAAACAAUCUAUUAUUGGUACAUUGAAGACGUUGAGGGAGUUCAAUACACUCAGGAGGACUGGUACAACGAUGGGUCACAACAAGACGCCUUCAAGAGGCACUGUAUUCGAAUUGUUCCCAUCGUUGACUCCAUCAAAGGAUGGUGCCAACGACACAUCUUCAUCUCCUGCAGCCACUCCAACCCGUGCGCCAAUCCCCACGGCAGCAUCACAAUUCGAGCUGAGGAGCACUUCAGCUGCAUCAUCAUCUGUACAAACUACGACUACAUCAUCAUCAUCCACUACAACAACAUGGCAACAAGCAUCAAAGCCAACAACUGUACCAACAUCAUCCACAGCGUCAGCAACAGUCUCGACGCAAUCCACCACUGCCACAUCCGCGGCGAAUUUGGUAGACCUGACGACACAGUCUAGGUCGUCGGCUGAUAACAGUCCUUCAUACGAAUCAGUCAACAAUAACAACAGCAGUAAUAUAAGUGGAGCUGCUCAAUUGGACAUUGGAAGUGGCGACAAGAACAAUAACAGCAACAAUAACAACAAUGCCAACAUCGACCUGCAGCCACAGCAACAACAAUGUAGUAUUAGUAUAACAGAGUCAGCAGAGUCAGCAUCGGCAACAUCAUCACCACCAAUCGAGAAUGGAACUGGCAGCAGCAGUGGCAGUAUAUGCAACAGACUGGUGAACAGUGUUAAGAUAUCAAGCAGCAACAGCAGUAGCAGCAAUGAUCUGCUUAAGGAGCUCGACCAGGAGACGACUACCUUCCAGGAGACACUCAAGAAGCAGUUGAUGAACUCGCUGGAGACGGACAACUACGACACAUCAUCCGACUCGUCAACACCAUCAGAUGGCGGACAUGACCGCUCGGGAUCUGUCGUCUCGCCCGACGUCAUUGUCCAGGGCGUCGAUAUCUUUGAGAGCGAGAAGCAGCGUGCGUUGCUGGCCGAGCAGCUGCAGCAGCAGAAGGAGGUGAGCGCCAGGCUCCAGAAGGAGCUGGACGACCUGCGAAAGGCGACGUCUGGCAACAACAACAAGUUCGAGGUGAUGAUGUCAUCUUCACUGUCGGCCGCGUCAAUAGCAGGCGGACUCUCAAUCACGACGUCCGGCGGCAGUGCCAACAGCAGCGACAAUGAGGGCAAGUCGCGCGACAAGUCAAAGUAUGGUGUGGAUCGCAUCGUGUUGGACCUGCAGGCAGAGUUUGACAGGCUGCAGCUACCCAAAGACGUGACGGACAAACUCUACAGCACAAUGGCAGGAUACAGGUCCAAGAACCAGGAGCGAUCCAUGAAGCUCCAGUUGGAGAAACAGAAGGAGAAGUACAAGAAACUGAAAGCACAGAUGAAGAAGGCUCAGAAGUAG